UGAAGGGGCUAAACAGAUUUAUAUUGCUGCGUAGUCUUAUUGUAAUAAAAACACACAUUGUGGUCCGUCUUGAUUACAGUGUAAUUUUCCAGUCUUGUUUGAAAUUGUUGGAGAACGAAAACCAAACAGAAUGUGGGCUGUGGCAGCACAAAGCACACACACUAUACAUUGCUGUCAUCACUAGGCGGAGGUCAACAAUCAGGAUGACAAGGAGGAGGAAGUGAGUUGCACUUUGUGCCGCGUGUUACACACGCCUACUGCUUGGAUCUUCAGCAUUUGCUUCUCAUUCCAGCUCAGUGCAAUGGCUUCCAGUGACUUGCGAGAAGAAUUAGAUUGCUCCAUUUGCCUGGAGAUUUAUAAGGAUCCUAUAACACUAAGAUGUGGACACAACUUCUGCCGUAUCUGUAUCGAGGACUACAUUCUGAGGACACAAGAAAGAACAGGAGUUUGUAGCUGUCCUGAAUGCAGAGAGGAGUUUCAAGAUCGGUCGGAUAUGAGGAAGAACAAAACCCUGUACAACAUAGCCCAGCAUUUCCUGUCUAUUGCCGAUCAGGAGGAGAAAACCGGGAUCUACUGUACUUUCUGCGACUCUCCCGUCCCUGCCGUUAAGACCUGCCUGCAGUGCGAGACCUCAAUGUGCGAUGGUCACCUGAGGAAACACAACAAAUCGGUACAACACGCUUUAAUUCCACCAACCAGGUCUACAAGAGAUAGAAAACGCUCCAUCCAUAAGAAGAUCCUGGCGUGUUCCCGUACAGAGGACUCUUCUUGUAUCUGCGAGUCUUGCAAGCCUGGUGGAGAACAAAGAGGCCACCAAGUAGAGUCACCAUCCUCUGAGAAGGAUAAGCUUAAGAAAAUUCUGGAGAAACUGACCGCAAGGAGAGAAGAGACCGAGGAAAAGGUCCAGAAACUGCAAGAACGCAGGAGAGAGGUACAAGAAAAAGCAGCCGGUGUAACAGAGAGAGCGACCAGCCUGUUUAGAGAAAUCAGGAGACACCUGGAAGAUCUCGAGAAGAGAGUUACGACUGCGAUCGCGAACAAGGAAUCGCAGACCUUGCGAUCAUUCUCCGAUCUGAUUCGGCAGCUGGAGGUACAGAAGGAGAAGCUGUCUAGGAAGAUGAAUCGCAUUGAAGAGAUGUGUAACAACACCGACCCAAUGACCAUUUUACAAGAACCCAACAGACAGGACAUCUUGGAGGACACACUGGAGGACAUAGAGGCAAGAGAAGAGAAACAGGUCCAUGAUGGAGAUCUGGGUGAAAAUCAGAUCUUUCAGACAUUGACUACAGGUUUAUCUGACAUUAUAUCCGUUGUAAAACAAAAGAUCUGCGCCCUGAGGGAUUCAGACAUCAAACUGGAUAUAAAUACAGCUGGAAACCGAGUCGUUAUCUCCGAUGACCUCAAAACCGCGUCUUGGUCAGAAGAGAACCAGGGCCGCACCGAGACCGCAGAGAGAUUCGAGUACUACCAAGUCCUGAGCGCCGGGAAAUUGUCGUCAGGGCAGCACCAUUGGGAAGUGGAGACCAGUGACCCGGUGCGGUGGAGACUUGGGCUGUGCUAUGCCAGUACAAGCAGAAAGGGUGGCCAAUCGCUCUUUGGGAACAACGCAACCUCCUGGUGUUUACGGUGGUGUGACAACAAGCUAACGGCGAUGUAUAAUGGUAAAGUUACCCAUUUACCUCACAGGAUCUCCCAUCGUAAAAUAAGAAUACAUCUGGAUUACGAGGCCGGGCAGAUCUCUUUUUUUGAGCCAUGUGACCCAAUUCGGCACCUUCACACUUUCACCACCACCUUCACCGAGCCCCUUCAUGCCGCGUUGUGUGUCUGGACAGGAUGGGUGCGAGUCCUGAGCUAAGAAAACAGCCAAAUUCAUAUAUUUUUUUUUAUGUUUUAUGACAUUUUUCACCCCACGCCAUUAAAACCUAAGUAUAGCAGGGAAAAAAAAAAAAUAAUCAUCACAAGGGAUAUUACUUACUUCAUUUUGAUGUGUCCCUUGUGCUGCUGUUUCCUGCUUUAGCUGAAAUCAACACAAAACGUCAAACCAACUCAGUGAUUUCCCUUGUAAAUACAAAUUAUACCAAUUUUCCUUAAAGGGGUUGCAAACUUUUGUGUUUUUUUCACCUUAAAGGGGUUGUAAAGGUAAAUGCGAAUCUU